AUGUCGAUGUCAAAGUCUUCAUACUCGCAAUACAACCGAAAAAACUGGGAGGAUUCGGAUUUCCCGAUUCUCUGUGAGACAUGUCUGGGAAACAAUCCGUACAUGAGAAUGGUUAGUUUGUCAUGCGCUUAUUUCCAUAAACGAGAUGAUUCAGAUGAAAGACAAAUACGGAAGAGAGUGCAAGAUCUGUGAGCGCCCGUUCACCACCUUCAGAUGGCAGCCAGGAAAGGGAGCCAGAUACAAGAACACCGAGCUGUGCCAGACGUGCGCCAAAGUGAAGAACGUCUGCCAGACGUGCAUGUUCGAUCUUGAGUACGGUCUGCCCGUGCAAGUCCGAGACCACGAACUGCAAAUCGCCGAUAACAUUCCGAAGCAAGGAGCCAAUCGGGACUUCUUCCUGCAGAACGUUGAGAGGUUUGCUACCUUUUCAUAUCCGAUCAUAAUCAUUUAUUUAUUCAAUUGCAGAACUCUCGGGCAGGGCGAUGGAACUCAACCGAUCGCCCAAAUUGCCAAUAACAUGGACCAGGCGGCUCACGAUCGUCUGCGAAGAAUGGCUCGCAGCCAGCCGUACUACAAGCGUAAUGCUCCGCAUAUCUGCUCGUUCUUCGUGAAAGGAGAGUGCAAAAGAGGAGAAGAGUGCCCAUAUCGGCACGAGAAACCGACGGAUCCAGAUGAUCCGCUUUCCCGUCAAAACAUUCGUGACCGUUACUACGGAACGAAUGAUCCAGUGGCCGAGAAGAUUCUGAAUCGGGCUGCCGCCGCACCUACUCUUUCUCCCCCGGCUGACACAACCAUCACUACAUUGUAUAUUGGAAAUCUGGGACCAGCGGGAGAGCAACAAGUAACUGAAAAGGACUUGAACGACUACUUCUAUCAGUUCGGAGACAUCCGCUGUCUUCGUGUGCUCAUCGAGAAAGGAUGUGCAUUUAUUGAGUUCACCACUCGCGAAUCAGCAGAACGAGCCGCUGAGAGAUCGUUCAACAAAACGUUCAUCAAGGGAAGAAGACUGACAAUCCGUUGGGGAGAACCGCAGGCGAAGAGAGCAGCCGACAACUCGAACUUUGUCACUCCAGUUCCCUCCGUUCCCAAUUGUAAGUUGAACUUUCGAUCACACAGAAAUUCCGAGGAAACUGCGUACAAACUUUGCACAUUAUUGCAUGAAUUCGAAGUGAAUAAUCCGAUGAUCCGGGUGUGAAUGGCUUUUGAAGGCCAAUAGGAAGGUAAAAAAAAUGUUUGGCCAAGAAUAGAGUUUCUCUUUUCCGGUCCUCUUGGCAGGUGUCGUAUUUCGACAUCCGAUUCUCCUAAACAAUCUCCUUUUAUUCCUCCAAGCAUUUUCAUUUUCAGUGCCCAUUCCCGACGGACUUGCCCCUUCGACGUCUUCACAGCAGAGAUUCGCCGGUGCGAUUCCUCGUCCACCGAUACCUCCCACAUUUUCUGCUCCGAGUCGUCUCGUCGUACCGAACGUCCGUCCCGUCAAAGCCGGAGGUAACCUGCCAUUCCUGAUAGAGUCAAUUGAAACUUGGAAUUCAGAGUCGAGCUCCUCUUCGUCAUCGUCGAUCUACUAUCCAAGUCAAGAUCCGACCCGUCUUGGAGCCAAGGGAGACGUCAUCGAAUGA